AUGUACCCGCGCUCGCCCUCGUCUCCGUCCACUGCGUCGCUAUCGCCCGUGGCCUCGCCUCGAACUCGCAGACCCAUGACCACCACAACGGACGAGAUGCUGUACGCGCAGCCUGCCAGCGUCCACUUCGGCGGCUUUGAGCUCGAGCGCCCGGUGCAGCAGCGCGUCCGCGUACACAACAACAGUGCCAAGGCAGUUCGACUGCGCUACACGUUCCCGACGGGCAAGAAGGGGUUCCGAGCGACCUUCGCCAGUGCAGAGCGACCGUCGUUCGUGUCGGCCGGACUAUCGGAGGAGAUUCUCGUGUCCUUCACCCCGCCCGCCGGCUUCCAGUACUACUACGACUGCAUCCAGGUGCGCUGCGAAGAAGUGGCUUACGGAUCGAGCACGGGCGUGGCUCGCAGCGGCGCCACGCUCAUCCCGCUGCACGCGUACCCCAUGGUGAACGAGGUAGCGUUUCCAACACGGAUGGACUUCGGUGUCGUCGCGCGCGGCACCUGUGCCCGGAAGUACGUGAACAUCACGUGUUCUGUGCCGGUUGAGUUCGAGUACGAGCUGCGCGUCACGAGGCCCCAUCCAGCGUUUACGGUGUUCCCGCUGACAGGCACAAUUCCGCCAAGAGGCGAGGCGCGUAUCGAACUCGAGUUCCGGCCACUGCUGUAUGCGACGGCAAGUGCCGAGCUGGAACUGCACGUCUCGCAACUGGGGUUCGUUCCUCGAGUGUGUACUCUUGCUGGUUCAUCCUCGAGCACAGCCGUCAACACAGGCUCGAGCAUUGCGGUUGCGGAGCAGAAAGCUAGCUCGCCUGCACCGCCUUCAGCAGAAAGCAAGCCACGCCGCGGGACCGACACACAGCAGAAAGCAAGCAAGGCCACCACUCCUCGUAGUGGGGCCAAGUCUAGCGAGAGGAGAUCUAUGGGGGAGCCUCAGUAUGACGAUGCUGAUGAAGAAGAGGAACUCGAAAGAGUGCGCGGUGUCGAAAUCCCCGACGACCUAAACUGUGUCACGGGCGUGACAUUCGUCCUGAACCAAGAGCCGGGGAAGCUCAGGCCCAAGGACCUGAAGAAGGCCAUUACAGCUAACCGAGCACUGCGACAGCAACAGCGAGAGGAACAGGCAAAGCUGGCGGGGAGCGAUCGCGGAGAUGAAGAAGAAGGCGCCGCAACGCUAAGCUUUCAAACUCUUGUGCGUGAGGAAGAAGGAUUUCUGGAGAGGGUGAGCAAGCAGGUCAAGGACAUGUUCUUUCAGCAAGAAGUGACGGAGGUGGCGGGAGCUGAGAAGGCACUCGAAUUUCAAAGCCACAAAGUGCAUCUUGGCCAGCGGUUGUUCUCACACGAACAGAUUGUACGUCUGGCACAGCUUCGCGAGUUAAACUCCCAGGCAUUGGCUAGUCAGCAGCGAGACCAGCUUCGAUCAAUGUUUCUGAGUGUGCGCUACGAGCCACCGGUCGUGUCUGACAACCAGAACCACCAAAGCGAUAGAAGCGAGCCUCUUUUGCCGGGUGAGCUUAAGACGGCAGUACUGCCAGUACAUUUUGUUCCAGCUUACGCGCCAGAUUUCAAGCAGUACAAGAACGAUUUGUGGGCUCGGCGUCAGCGUCUACUUCGACGUCUGGUUCGUGCUGUGUCGACGUGCAUUACACGUUUUCGAGCCCAGAAGCGGCUCAACCGCAUUCGUGCAUGGCUCGGUGGGGCCAAGACUCGCGCGCAUGUCCGAGAAAAGGUUGCUCUUGACUGGCAAUCAAAUGCUCAAGCUGGCGGUGGAGAUAUCGACAAAGGAAUAAUGCGCGAUGCCCCUGACGAUGCUGAGCCACAGAACCCAGACCAGGGAAGUCUUGAUUCAGUGUCGAGUGCUGGAACCCGUCAGUAUUACUUGUCCAGUUUUCCGAUGAUUGAGGAAAGUACAACGCAGAAGCACCGCGACAGUAUCGCUUUACCAGCGGAUUGGGAGCUCAAGUUUAACUCUUUCACGUUCAUGGAACUCAAGUCUCGCAACGAAGCCCUUUUGAUGGGUCACGAGCCACUGAUCCUACCUGCACUUCCGACAUACGUGUCCCUGGAACAAUGUCGCGCGCUUCGUCAGGGUGCCGCGGGGGAGUGCGAUGUAGUUACCUCGCUACUGCAAGCUUCAGCUGCUGAGGCGAAUCGUCCACCCGGGGAAAGUUCCACCAGCAAACCAGCGCCUUCUGAUCCCAUGCCGUCACUGCUGGAAAUAUUACCUCCCGACCGAUUUCUGCGCCCUCAGGCAAGCGUGCGAUCUCUAAUGGAGUUACAAGGGCCACGCGAGACCGAAACCAGUUAUGUGUUGCGGCCACAGCGCGUAUUCCGCUCACUUCCUUCAAGCUUUUCGGCUUGGCAGAGUUCUCAGAUUGGACUCCAAAGCGUCGUGGAAUAUCACGAGCAAGCUGGGCUUUGUGUGUCGAACGUGUUCGUUGGUUCGGCCGACAAGAAGCAAGUCGAGUCGAUAUUCCCAGAAUCGUCAAACGCAGCAGAUCGAUCGAUUUUCGGGGAUGUCUGGGGCGUCACAACCACGACGAUGCCCUCUCUAACAAGCAGAACCAAAGAUGUUCCGAGUCUUUCGGACAGUGAGAGUGACGACGAUGGUGGAAAUGGGUCGGGAUCAACUGGUCUUCUUUCGUGGAGGGACGCUCUAGAGUUGUUUGAGACCGCUGCGGGUGAGCAAGAAGGGGAAAUGGAGAGUGGGUUUGACGAUAUUUACGAGGAGGGCGAGCUGUUGGGACGCGAAAAGAGUGUCUACGGCUUUGAGCGGUAUCGGCAUAUCAUUCGACAGGAGCGCAAACAUAAUUCUCACCGACAAGAUUGGUUGGAGAGACUUCCAAAGGUACGAGAAGUAUCAUGUCUUGUUCAGCCCCGAAUCUGA